CCAAUGUGGUUGUGUCUAUUCAUUAGCACUAAUGCGGUUGUGUCUAUUCAUUAGCAUGGCAUACAGACAGAGAUGUAGUUAGACAGAGGUGCAGGUAGAGAGGCACAGAGUCAGCAGGUAGACACAUACCGUGCAGAAGCUUGAACGGAACGAACGGCAAGGAAAGGAAUGUAGGGUUGAUGUCAAAAACAUUGAGGUUUAGGAAUGUAGCUUCGAAGAGGUUAGGGAGUAGAGUUCCAAACAGUCUGGACGAUCGGCAACGUGUUUUAGGGGUCCAAGUUGUCGAGGCCCCGCGUCAAUUGGAAACCAUGCAUGCGCAAAUGCCGUCGUCAAGGGGAAGAGGACAAUGGCAUGGCGAGGAGGCAUACUCGUACACUCGCCUGACUGAUGCCGUCACAGAGAAAGGGAAGAUCCAUUUCUAUGGUGUGGUGGCUGACUACGAUCAACCGAAGGAGACACGAGGUACCGACAACUGUUGUUCGAUAACCAUCACCGACACCGACUACCACUCGCCGGGGCUGCCCGUGGUUAUCUUUGGGCUGGAGCUGGAGCAGAUGCCUCGUGUGCGGUUCAUCGGGGACAUCAUCCGUAUUCACAACGCGCAGAUAAAGGUAUUUAACAAAAAGCCUCAGGCUACAGUACAGCUGAAAGCUGGAGGCAGUUAUGUUCUCUUUGAUGGUCAGAUGAAAGGCAAAGAUGAGCCCUACCAGACGUCAUCUGGAAAGUACUCUCGAUCACCGACAGAUAUACCCAUGGUUCAUUUCUUCAGGGAUUGGGUAGCCGACAACGUCCAGGCUUUGGGUAUAACUGAGUACGUAGCAAGGAUUGAAACUAUCGAGGUGGGCAGGCCCUUCUUCGACCUCUUUUGUAAGGUCUUGCACGUCGAUGCUCACGACAAUGAGAGAGCUCCUCUCCUCUACGUCUGGGAUGGAACCGAGUGCGCAUCACUGCCGAUUGGAGCAAAGGCAGCAUUUCGAACAGAAGAUAAAGCGAAGGACGAAGGCCCCCGGGUACAAGAGGACGCGGAGCAAGACCGCGGUGAUGACAACUGUUCGUCUCGUUGGCCGUCCUACCCAUUUCCGCUGCCACCCUUUGAUGUUUACGCGAGUUUCCCGAAGCUGGGCACUCUUCUCCCGAUCGUCACGGAGGCAUCAUCGCUGCCCCACCUCCUUUGCACCAGAGGCCGAUGGGUCAAGCUGCGCAACCUUGGCCGAAGACGUGUGCAAGGGGUCACAUUCGCUACCUUUUUCACUGGCCCAACUCCUCCCCCCGCCGAGUCCCUAUCAGUACUAGGUAAGGAGUCGAAAGAUGUGCAGUCCAUCGCAGCGGCAGUUUCCGCUCCGCCAAGAGCCACAGAUCCUAACCCCAGGUCAAGGUGUUGUAACCUUUCACAAACCAAUGUCUUGGUCAUGUGCCUAGAGCGAACUUAUCAACAACGACUUCAAGAGGAGAGCAGCCACAUCCCAAAAUCCAUCACCUCUUGUUACACAUUUCUGACGUCGACCGUCUACGAAAACCAGCCUGUGCGUAGUCUGCGGGAGGUGCUCACCUCCAGCGAAGUGACAAGCAAGUUCAGGUGCAUCGUUCGAGUCCUUGCUAUCUUUCCCGAGAGGGUCCACGAUUUCUGCCAGCGGUCGUCAGGAGGAAGAGGAGUGAAGAUGGGAGAUGAAGCUGGCAAGAACAUCGAGGACUCGAGGAGUCUGAAGCCGGAGGCACCGAGAAGUGACGAGGAGACCAAGGGACUGCUCAAGCAAGGGACUAUGAAAGGUCCCAUGGGUGUGGGGACCACCACCAAGACUUCCGAGUUGCCGUCGGAAGUUUCUGGCGGCGCCAAGGACACAAACGCUGAAGCAGAACCUUCUUCACAAAGUGAGAAAGAGGCUGAAGGACACGCAACGGUGAAUGUGGGUGACAGUUGGAAGAUUCAGGCCAAAGGAGAGAGGAGCCGACAACAUCAGGCAGACGUUCACGUUCAAGCAAGCGACAAUUCAAAAGGUGGCGAAGAAGUCGUCUGUGGGCAUGGAACAGAAGUAGAGGCAGACGCAUCUGAAAUGGCUGAGAAAACAGAGAUCGCGAUAGAUGAAGCUGGCAACAAGGCGGCAGACUCGAUGGUCGACGCAGCAUCUUCACGAUGUACCAAGGACGCCCAGAGGCGGCAUGGCGAAGCUGAAGACGUGCAGACAACAGAAGAUGGAGAAGAGGCAAUGCUUGGUGAGUCUGGUGCGGGGGCGGCGGUGAAAGAUCAUCUUCAGCCCAAAGAGGGCAAGAGGCUACAAGAUAAUGAGGAGUACGUCUGCAAAGUACAGACUGCACUUGAGGAUGGAGCCGUUCGAUGGGAUGUUUCCGACGAAUUGACGACGAAAGACGGAGAAGAGACGAUGUUUGGCGGGCCCGGUGCAGGGAAGGAGCACCCUGAGUCAAGGGACGGCAAGAGGGUACGACACAACGAAAGGUCCGUGUGCAAAGUUAAGCUUGCGCUCGAGGAUGCAACCGGACGAUUAGAUGCUUUCUUGUAUGGCGACGACGGUGAUUACUUCUUCUCAAACUACUAUUGUCCGACGCCACCGUACCAACUUCCAUCAUCAUCUUCUUGUGUAACAGGCCUGAAGAAACCGAGCGACGUCCAGCGUCUCCAGGAUAAAAUCUCGCAACUGCUGGGUUGUGCGACCGACGUUGAGGUCGGGAAGUUGUCAAUGUGCCCCAACAGAAGCCCUCCCUGGAUCAAAUGCUGUCUGAAGUCGUACUAUCUCGACAAAGCGCGCCCACGGGAGACUCGCCACUACCGAAUUUUCAGCACAAUCUUGCUGUGAGCGGUACGGCGGAGCACUACAGAAGGCCCUAUUCACACCUGCGACAUGUCAUCCUUAUGGACCUUUUACCUGCUGCCGUCCAGUGGAGAGCUGCAACAGGUUGACGAAGAAAGACAGGUGGCCUCUGAGGAGAGAGACCUGCAAAGGCUGUGAUUUGCGAAAUGGCCGAAAACACUAGAUCUGCGGAAACCCAAUCUAUCCCAAAAUGAAGCUGGUUGUGUCAAAUUGGGCCAUAACAUUUUGUCCCGAUGAGGCUGUAGUCAACACGCUCCCCACUUUUACACAGUUGAGGGGCAUAGUCACACCACCGUCUUCACCUGAAUAGAACGCCUGGUCAUUAUAGCUGUAUUUGGGGCAAUUUUCGGUCCACAGACAGCGACAAUGGCCAGGCCUUCCAUUCAGCCGAAGACAGUACUGUCACAGUAGCACUUUCCUCGAUGCAUCGGGCUGCAAUGGCGACCGCGCCUGGAUGAAUCUUACCGCAAUCACGUACAGAGCGUAGUAGAACAAAAAUGUGCUAGUACG